GUUGCGAUUUCAUCACUCUUCAAUCCUCCCAUUUUUAUCAUCACACACACAACAUGAAGCGCAAGACAGGAAGAGAAUCAACCGGCGCCAAUGGGCAGCCCGAAUCGAAAAAACGGGCGUUGUCGAAUGAAGAGGUUGCGGCGCGCUUCCGUGACGGCUUGUUCGAGCCUUCGGAGCAGCAGAAAUAUACCGAGGAAUAUGCCCAGUCUGCGCCAUACAAGCAUGGAGUGAUCCACUCUCUGUUCGAGAACUCUCUUUUACGCUCGGUCCGCGACGAAAUCCAGGAACAUCUCCACUUUACUGAGAAGGAGACGGAUAUUUACAAGAUCUUCCAGUCCGGCGAUUUGGCCAACCUGGAUGGACUCGAUGAUGCAUCUCUGUCACGAUUGCCGGCAAUUCUGAGACUCCGCGAUGCCCUUUACUCUGCCCGCUUCCGCGAGUACCUCUCGGGAGUGACUGGCUCGGGGAAGCUGAGCGGUCGCAAGACUGACAUGGCCAUCAACGUCUACAAUGAAGGUUGCCAUCUUCUGUGCCAUGACGAUGUUAUUGGCAGCCGUCGCCUUAGUUACAUUCUGUACCUUACCGACCCCGACACCCCAUGGCAGGCCGAAUGGGGUGGUGCUUUGCGUUUGUACCCGACUACUACGGAGAAGGAUGUGAAUGGUGAGGAUGUCAAGGUUCCCAGCCCAGACUACAGUCUCGUUAUCCCGCCCGCAUUCAACCAACUCAGCUUCUUCACCGUCCAGCCCGGAGAGAGUUUCCACGACGUCGAGGAGGUGUACUACCCCAAGGAAGGAGAAGACAAGAAGAAACGUGUGCGCAUGGCGAUUAGCGGAUGGUUCCAUAUCCCGCAAAAGGGCGAGGAUGGAUACGAAGAGGGUUUGGAGGAGAAGCUGGCGGAGCGCAGUAGUUUGGCGCAGCUCCAGGGCCGCGGCGACAUCUAUGACCUACCGCAGCCCAAGGCGAUCCCGUACGUCGAUGAGACCGAAGUCGAGGGCAAGGGCAAAGGAAAGAUGGAAGAGCAGCCCGAUACCAGUGGCGAAUUCACCGAAGCCGACCUGGGCUUCCUGGUCCAGUACAUCGCCCCGUCAUACUUGACGCCUGAUAUCGCCGAGGAAAUGUCCGAGACAUUCUCCAACGAGUCCUCGUUGAGCCUCGAGAAGUUCCUGUCUGAGAAAUUCCAAGCACGCGUGCGCACAUACAUCGAGGAGCAGGAGAAGAAGAAACUGCCCCAAUCUUCGGCCGAGAUCCUAUCUGAAACCGGAUGGACCGUGGCCCGACCUCCUCACAAGCACCGCUACUUGUACCAGCAGUGCCCGACACCCGCUGAAGACCAGAAGACGCCCAUUCAAGAACUACUGAACGAUCUGUUCCCCUCGCCAGCUUUCCGCAAAUGGCUGGCACACAUUACCGGCUCGGACCGUCUGACAAGCUAUAACUUCCUGGCCCGUCGUUUCCGUCGCGGCGAGGACUACACACUGGCGAAUGAGUACACUGGCGAGGAGCCCCGAUUGGAGUUUACACUUGGUCUGACGCCCACUCCCGGAUGGGAAAAGGAAGAAGACGAGGAAGAGGAGGGCGAGAACGGAGAAUCAGCCGAGAAGCCCAAGCCCAAGCCCAAGAAGGACAACAAGGACGCGGAGGAGGAACCCGCCGUGGGCGGCUACGAAAUCUACAUGGCCGGCGACGACGAAGAUGAUGCCGACGCAGCAAUCUACCGAUCUGCCGGGGCAGACGAAGACGACGGAAUCCUCCUCACCACGGCAGCGGGAUGGAACCGACUGAACAUUGUCUUGCGGGACAGCGGGACGCUCAAGUUCGUCAAGUACGUGAGCGAAGCCGCCAAGGGAGACCGAUGGGACAUUACGGGCGAGAUGGGCGUUGAAUUUGACGACGACGACGACGAAGAUGACGAGGAGGGUGGAGAUGAAGAAGACGGAGAAGAGGAUGAAGACGAGGAAUAAAAAUAGUUUCCCUGUACAUACAAACUAUAGUAGAUACGACGAUCUGGUUAGGCGUUGGGUAUUUUCAAAAACAAAAUCCCAUUUAUUUCCUACUAGUUAUCCAGAGCAACGGCCCAAAAUAGUAAGGUAGCCCACUCACUCACAAUAGCAUGGAUGGAAAUAGUAU